UCCUGCCGCCUUACCUCUGAGACGGGGCUGGGGUCAGGAUGGAGCUGGGGUCCAGGGCGCGAGGUGCCCAUCAGGGAGGCAGGCGCCACCCCGGGCGGGAUGACAGACUCCAGAAGCCCUCCCUGAACAAAGACUGGGUGGGAGGCGGCCUGGUGUGUCCCCACCCCGCCUCCCCCAGCGCCUGCUGAGCCGCGACCACAGACAGCGAGGCGGAGCGAGCAUGGCGGGGCCCCCGGCCGCUCUGCUGCCCCUCGUCCUCCAGCUCACGAGCGUGGCCGUGGCCUCCGCGACGGACGGAGGUGGGGUCAUCCUCCCAGAGCCCCCUGGGCUUGCUGACAUCCAGGACUACCAGCAGCAGGCACCAGCCCGCUCCUCAUCCCAUGCUGGGGCCCCACGGGAGCAGUGGCGCCCCCUGGAGGCGCGACUGGAAAGGCUGGAGGCCCAGAUGAUGGAACUCAGAGAGCAGAACAAAGAGCUGCAGGCGAGGGUGAGGCAGCUGGAGUCCUGUGAAUGCCGCCCAGCGUCUCCCCAGUGCUGGGGGCUGGGGCGGGCCUGGCCCGAGGGUGCUCGUUGGGAGCCUGACACCUGCACCGCCUGUGUCUGCCAGGAUGGGACCGUGCACUGUGACCCCAAGCCCGACCUGCCCCACUGCCACGGCUGCAGCCACAAUGGUCAGACCUAUGGCAACGGGGAGACCUUCUCCCCGGACGCUUGCACCACCUGUCACUGCUUGGAAGGAACCAUAAAGUGUACCCAGAAGCCAUGCCCAAGAGGACCCUGCCCGGAGCCAGGAACAUGCUGUCCUCACUGUGAGCCAGGCUGCCCUGGAGGCCACAGGGAUGGGGAAACAUGGCAACCAGAGCCUUGUGUCAUCUGCACCUGCCAGGCAGGGACCGUGCGGUGCCAGGGGCCCUCAUGUGCAGAGCUCAACUGCCUGGAGAGCUACACCCCACCUGGGGAGUGCUGCCCUGUCUGCCGGCCAGGCUGUGAGUAUGAGGGGCGGCCUUAUGAAGAGGGGGCCAACUUCCUGUCCAGCGCCGACCCUUGUCUCCAAUGCUCCUGCCUGAGGAGCCUGGUUCGCUGUGCGCCCAUCAAGUGUCCACCCAGCCCCUGCCCUGAGCCAGUCCUGAGGCCUGGCCACUGCUGCCCGACCUGCCAAGGCUGCACGGAAGCUGGCUCUCGCUGGGAUCAUGGCCAAGAGUGGACUGCCCCUGGGGACCCCUGCCGGAUCUGCCGGUGCCUGGAGGGCCACAUUCAGUGCCACCAGCGAGAAUGCUCCAGCCUGUGCCCGUACCCUGCCCGGCCUCGUCCAGGCACCUGCUGCCCGCUGUGCGAUGGCUGUUUCCUAAAUGGGCGGGAGUACCGCAGCGGAGAGCCCGUGGGCUCUGGGGACCCCUGCUCGCGCUGCCACUGUGCCAACGGGAGUGUCCAGUGUGAGCCUCUGCCCUGCCCGCCCGUGCCCUGCAGACACCCAGGCAGGAUCCCUGGCCAGUGCUGCCCAGUCUGUGAUGGCUGUGAGUACCAGGGACACCAGUACCAGAGUGAGGAGACCUUCCGACUCCAAGAGAGGGGGCGCUGCAUCCGCUGCUCCUGUCAGGCUGGCGAGGUGUCCUGUGAGGAGCAGGCGUGCCCGGUUGCCCCCUGCACCCUGCCUGACUCUGGCCCCCAGCUCUGCCCAGCCCCCCUUGCGGCAGCCUGCGUGCUGGAUGGAGAGGAGUUUGCUGAGGGGGUCCAGUGGGAGCCUGAUGGUCAGCCCUGCACGGCCUGCUCCUGUCACGAUGGCGUGCCCAUGUGUGGGGCUGUGCUCUGCUCCCCACCCCCCUGCCAGCACCCUACCCAGCUCCCCGGUGCCUGCUGCCCCAGCUGUGAGAGCUGCACCUACCACGGUCAAGUGUAUGCCAAUGGGCGGAACUUCACGGACGCGGAUAGCCCUUGCCACGCCUGCCGCUGCGAGGCUGGGACUGUGAGGUGCUCCUUGGUUGACUGCCCUCCCACAACUUGUGCCAGGCCCCAGAGUGGACCCGACCAGUGCUGCCCCAGGUGCCCAGGCACGUUCAUGCACGAGCUCCUUGACUGUCCACCCUCAGAGGCAUACACACAUGCAUCAGACUGCAUCCUGGAGGAACAAGUAUUUGUGGAUGGCGAGAGCUUCUCCCACCCCCGAGACCCCUGCCAGGAGUGCCGGUGUCAGGAAGGCCAUGCCCAUUGCCAGCCUCGGGCCUGCCCCAGGGCCCCUUGUGCCCAUCCGCUGCCUGGCACCUGCUGCCAGAAUGACUGCAAUGGCUGUGCCUUUGGCGGGAAAGAGUACCCUAACGGAGCAGACUUCCCCCACCCGUCUGAUCCCUGCCGUCAGUGUCGCUGUCUGAGCGGAAGCGUGCAGUGCCUCUCCCGCCGCUGCCCGCCGCUGCCCUGUCCAGAGCCGGUCCUGCUGCCCGGAGAGUGCUGCCCGCAGUGCCCCGCCACCUCCUCCGGCUGCCCGCGGCCAGGGGGCGGGGUCCCGGCCCGCCACCUAGAGCAUUUCUCCCAGCCCGACGACCCCUGCCGCCGCUGCCUCUGCCUCGAUGGCUCUGUGUCCUGCCAGCGGCUGCCCUGCCCGCCUGCGCCCUGCUCCCACCCGCGCCAAGGGCCCUGCUGCCCGUCCUGCGACGGCUGCCUGUACCAGGGGAAGGACUUUGCCAGCGGGGAGCGUUUCCCUUCGCCCACUGCCUCGUGCCACGUCUGCCUCUGCUGGGAGGGCAGCGUCAGCUGCGAGCCCAGGGCCUGCGCACCUGCUCAGUGCCCCUUCCCCGCCAGGGGUGACUGCUGCCCUGCCUGUGAUGGUUGCGAGUAUCUAGGGGAGUCCUACCUGAGCGGCCAGGAGUUCCCGGAUCCCCGAGAGCCCUGCAAUCUGUGUACCUGCCUUGGAGGCUUUGUGACCUGUGGCCGCCAGCCCUGUGAGCCUCUGGGCUGCAGCCACCCGCUCACCCCGGCUGGACACUGCUGCCCAACCUGCCAGGGAUGCCUCUAUCAUGGGGUCACCGCAGCCCAUGGAGAGACCCUUCCUGACCCACUGGACCCCAGCUGCUCCCUCUGCACCUGCCAGGAAGGUUCCGUGCGCUGCCAGAAGAAGCCAUGUCCUCCAGCUCUCUGCCCCCACCCCUCUCCAGGACCCUGCUUCUGCCCUGUUUGCCACAGCUGCCUCACCCAGGGCCAGGAGCACCAGGAUGGGGCAGAGUUUGAGGGGCCCCCAGGCAGCUGCGAGUGGUGUCGUUGUCAGGCCGGCCAGGUCAGCUGUGUGAGGCUGCAGUGCCCCCCUCUGUCCUGCCCACUCCAGGUCACGGAGCAGGGGGGCUGCUGCCCUCGCUGCAGAGGCUGCCUGGCUCACGGGGAGGAGCACCCGGAAGGCAGUAGCUGGGUGCACCCCCAAAGCCCCUGCUCCUCCUGCGUGUGUCACGAGGGCGUCGUCACCUGUGCCCGCGUCCAGUGUGUCAGCUCCUGUGCCCAGCCCCACCGAGGGCCCAGUGACUGCUGCCCUCGAUGCUCUGACUGUGAACAUGAAGGUCGGAAGUACGAGCCAGGGGAAAGCUUCCAGCCUGGGGCAGACCCGUGUGAAGUGUGCAUCUGUGAGCUGCAGCCUGAGGGGCCCCCGAGCCUUCAGUGUCAUCGGCGGCAGUGUCCCAGCCUGGUGGGCUGUCCCGCCAGCCAGCUCCUGCCCCCUGGGCCACAGCACUGCUGCCCCACCUGUGCCCAGGCGCUGAGCAACUGCACAGAGGGCCUGCUGGGGUCUGAGGUGGCCCCGCCGGACCCUUGCUACACCUGCCAGUGCCAGGACCUGACAUGGCUCUGCAUUCACCAGGCCUGUCCUGAGCUCAGCUGUCCCCCAUCGGAGCGCCACACCCCCCCUGGGAGCUGCUGCCCCGAGUGCCGAGAAUGCGUGGUGGAGGCCGAGGGCCGGAGAGCGGCGCAUGGAGAGAGCUGGCGGGACCCUAGCAACGCUUGCAUUACUUGCGCCUGCCAUCGGGGCCGCGUGGAGUGCCACCUGGAGGAGUGCCCCGCCCUCUCCUGCCCCCAGGGCUGGGCGAAGGUGCGAGAGGCUGGCAGCUGCUGUGAGCGAUGCCAAGCCCCCGCCCAGUCGUGCGCGCACGAGGGCCGGGCGGUGGCCUCCGGGGAGCGCUGGGCCGUGGACGUUUGCACCACUUGCUCCUGCGUGGCCGGCACCGUGCGCUGCCAGAGCCAGCGCUGCCCGCCGCUCUCCUGUGGCCCCGACGAGGCCCCCGCCCUGAGUCCCGGCAGCUGCUGCCCCCGCUGCCUGCCCCGACCCGCCUCCUGCAUGGCCUUCGGAGACCCUCAUUACCGAACAUUCGACGGCCGCCUGCUGCACUUCCAGGGCAGCUGCAGCUACGUGCUGGCCAAGGACUGCCGCGGAGGGGACUUCAGCGUGCACGUGACCAACGAUAACCGGGGCCGGAGGGGUGUGGCCUGGACCCAGGAAGUGGCGGUGCUGCUCGGGGACGUGGCGGUGCGGCUGCUGCAGGGCAAAGAGGUCACGGUGGACGGGCGCCCUGUGGCCUUGCCCUUUCUGCAGGAGCCGCUGCUGUACGUGGAGUUACGGAGACGCACCGUGAUCCUGCAUGCCCAGCCCGGGCUCCAGGUGCUGUGGGAUGGGCAGUCUCAGGUGGAGGUGAGCGUGCCCAGCUCCUACCGGGGCCAGAUGUGUGGGCUGUGUGGGAACUUCAAUGGCUUUGCCCAGGAUGAUCUGCAGGGCCCUGAGGGGUUGCUCCUGCCCACAGAGGCUGCAUUUGGGAAUAGCUGGCAGGUCCCAGAAGGGCCGGGACCCAGUCGGAUAUGUUCCAAGGGCCGCGAGGUGGAUCCGUGCAGGGCAGCGGGUUACCGUGCCAGGCGUGAGGCCAACGCCCGGUGUGGUGUGCUUAAGUCCUCCCCGUUCAGUCGCUGCCACUCUGUGGUGCCACCAGAGCCCUUCUUUGCCGCCUGCGUGUAUGACCUAUGUGCUUGUGGCCCCGGCUCUUUGGCUGACGCCUGCCUCUGUGAUGCCCUGGAAGCCUAUGCCAGUCACUGUCGCCAGGCAGGGGUGACACCUGCCUGGCGGGGCCCCACACUCUGCGUGGUGGGCUGUCCCCUGGACCGCGGCUUCGUGUUCGAUGAGUGUGGCCCGCCCUGUCCCCGCACCUGCUUCAACCAGCACAUCCCCCUGGGGGAACUGGCCGCCCACUGUGUGAGGCCCUGCGUUCCUGGCUGCCAGUGCCCCGCGGGCCUGGUGGAGCACGAGGCCCACUGUAUCUCACCCGAGGCCUGCCCCCCCGUCCAGCUCACUGGGGACCAGCCACCCAGGCCUCCGCCCAGCCCUGGCCAGUAGCCAGGACACCAGGACUCAUCAGGUCAGAAGCCUCUCCUCUGAGAACAGCUCCCACCCUGGCCAGAGCCAUGGAAAGAGUACCCCACCCAGGCACUGGGGUCCUGUGUCCCACAAAGACCUCAUCAUGUUCAAUCAGAAGCAGUAAAAUCGGAGCCUCUCCUACAGCUUA